AUGGGAGGCGAUAACAUGGAGGUCGAUGCCGCCGAGCAGAAGCUCAAGGGCAUGGAGCACUCUGAGCAGCACUACUUCAAGAGCUACGACCACCACGGCAUCCACGAGGAGAUGUUGAAGGAUGAGGUCCGCACACGCUCCUACAUGAACGCCAUUGUUCAGAACAAGCACCUUUUCAAGGACAAGGUCGUCCUCGAUGUCGGCUGCGGUACCGCCAUUCUGUCCAUGUUCGCCGUUAAGGCCGGCGCGAAGCACGUUAUCGGUGUCGACAUGUCCACCAUCAUCUUCAAGGCGCGCGAGAUCGUCGCCGUCAACGGAAUGUCCGACAAGAUCACCCUGAUCCAGGGUAAGAUGGAGGAGGUCGAGCUCCCCUUCCCCAAGGUCGACAUCAUCAUCUCCGAGUGGAUGGGUUACUUCCUUCUCUACGAGUCCAUGCUGGACACCGUUCUCUACGCCCGUGACCGCUACCUGAACCCCGACGGCCUCAUCUUUCCCGACAAGGCCACCAUCUUCGUUGCUGGUAUCGAGGAUGGCGACUACAAGGACGAGAAGAUCGGAUACACUGACCACAAGAUAGUCUGGGACAACGUGUACGGCUUUGACUACAGCCCCCUCAAGUCUACUGCUCUUGCCGAGCCCCUAGUCGACACGGUCGAGAUGAAAGCGGUGGUUACGGACCCCACACCUGUCCUGACCUUGGACCUCUACAAGUGCCAGGUUGCCGACCUCGCCUUCACCAGCCCCUUCCGUCUCUCCGCUCGCCGUGAUGACUUCAUCCACGCCCUCGUUGCCUGGUUCGACAUCGACUUCACUGCUGCCCACAAGCCUAUCCGCUUCUCUACCGGUCCCCACACCAAGUACACCCACUGGAAGCAGACUGUCUUCUACCUCAAGGAUAUGAUCACGAUGCAGACCGGGGAGGAGGUCGAGGGUACCCUGCACGUCAAGCCCAACGAGAGAAACCGCCGUGACCUCGACAUCAAGAUCGAGUACAAGUUCUUGACCGAGGACCCCACUCGUGCCGCUGAGGGCGAGUGUGAGUACAAGAUGUGCUAA